ACCAGGAUCAGAGAAUGUCCAGGAUUGUUGGCGUAGCACGAUUGCACUAAGCUAGCACAUUCCAGACGGUUCAGUUGUUUACAUUGGUAGCAGGUCAAUUGCAUCAACAUUUACAAUCAAAAGGGAUAUUCGGUUUUAGGGUUUUGACAUUAAAACACGUCUGAACGUCAUGGCAACUACCAUUAGCACCCAGCGAGGACAGGUGUACAUCGGAGAGCUGCCCCAGGAUUUCCUGCGUAUCACUCCGACUCAUCAGCAGCAGCUGGUGCACAUGGACGCCCAGGCUGCUCAACAGCUGCAGUAUGGCGGGUCGAUAGGCACCGUUGGUCGGCUUAGCAUCACCGUGGUGCAGGCCAAGCUGGCUAAGAACUACGGAAUGACCCGUAUGGACCCAUACUGUAGGCUCCGCCUGGGUUAUGCCGUUUAUGAGACUCCCACUGCCCACAAUGGGGCCAAGAACCCCCGCUGGAACAAGGUGAUCCAGUGCACGGUCCCCCCAGGGGUGGACUCUUUCUACCUGGAGAUCUUUGAUGAGCGGGCGUUUUCAAUGGACGACAGGAUAGCAUGGACGCAUGUGACCAUCCCUGAGGGCUUGCGGGAGGGCAGUGUUGUCGAUGAGUGGUUCAGCCUCAGUGGUCGCCAGGGAGAUGACAAGGAGGGGAUGAUCAACCUCGUCAUGACCUUUGCUUCCGUGCCAGCUGGUAUGAUGUCUCAGCCUGUCGUUCUGAUGCCCACUGUCUACCAGCAGGGGGUCGGAUAUGUACCCAUAUCAGGAGUCCCCACAGUGUACAACCAGGCCAUGGGGAUGCCCAUGGGGAUGCCCAUGGGGGUGCCUGCAGUUCCCAGUGUAACUCCACAAGGCGCCCCGGUCAGUGAAGAGGAUCUGAAGGCUCUGCAGGACAUGUUCCCCAACUUGGACCCUGAGGUGAUUCGCACCGUCAUUGAGGCUCAGCAGGGUAACAAAGACGCAGCCAUCAACUCUCUUCUGCAGAUGACUGAGGAGCUGUAGUGGUACUGCUGUAGGGUGGUGCCAUCUCCUGGUCACAACUGCCUAGCGCAGGCAGGAGUCUACAGCUGGCCAGAACAUUUGCCCACCACUGAACUACAACCCCCAGCACCUACAGACUGUACAUACACACUCAGACCUGCUAGCUCUCAACUGUCCCACACUCACUCAGCUACAAAAUACUGUUGGCUGUAUCUGAAUUGUCACGCAUUAGUACUAUAUCUGGUAGAAAUCAUCCACACCCUUAUCAUUCAGCACACAUAUUAGAGCCCAUUACAACAUAUAAUGUGUGACACACCCAGACUCAAACCCCAAGUUGGGUUUACCCACAAAGGUUUGUGACAUCUUAACAGCCUUGCAGUGUUUCAUUCCACUGAACCAGACAGUGUGAAAGGUUAUCUGGUCAUUGCUUGGUCAUGCAGGAGAAAGCCCAGUGAAUCUUUAACCAGUUGGGAGCUCAUCUCUGUAUACUUGUGUUUGACAUAUAUCUGUAUAAAUUGAUAGUUCUAUAUAUUGAAAAUAAUAUUAUGAAUGAUUAUGAAGAUAUGAGAUUGACGUCCGUUGGGAGGGCAAAGAGGAUGUUUAAAUGCCAAUGUGCUCAGUCACUCAUUCCCCUAAGGCUACAACCUACCCCAGAUUAUAUGCAUAGCCUGUUUGGUAGUCUACAAUUAUUGGAUACUGUUGUGGAAAUGUAACCACAUCACUCCAUUUCUAUUGAUUGGAAUAGCAAGGGCCUCAAACGGCAAAUACAGUUUCGACGGGUACUCAUUAAUGUUCAUAAACGGGAAGGAAUUGCUUGCUGCCAAGCUCUUGGGCGUGUCUCCAAACGUCACAGUAAUUCCCCAAAAGCUUUUAUACCUGGUGUGAUAUCAAUGGGACAUGUGAAUGACAUGAGCACUAAUCUGUAGGAGGAGAAUUUACCAGAGAGGUAUGGCAUUCUCGUUUUCCCUGUUUGUCUCGGUGACGUUGGCUUCGCCUUGUGAGCUGUAAUAUACUGCUGUUGGUGUGGUAUGCCUCAACGACGCCCUGAAACCAAUUAGGUCUAUUCAUAUAAUGACAAGGUGUCACCUUUCCCUGAGGAGACUUUCAUCUGCUAAUAUGAGGUUUUGAAUGUUGCCGUUAGCCAAAGGUCUGAUUCUGGUUUUGAUUUGAUAUUUAUAUUUGCUUAAUCUUCAAAGAUGUGCAUAUAUUUUUCCAAGGAAAUAUCCUGUGCUGUUAUCGGUGUGAUUCCUAAGUAAUAGUGAAGAUUCUACUGUGUUUAAGCCACGAUGUUCCAUGUGUCAGAUGCACACACACUGCAGUUUGUUUGACAUAGAAUAUUAACCUCGAGAAAAAUCGACAAACCUGUUUCUUUUGUUUCCUGAGACACAAGCACUUUUGAUUUAAUAAAACUGUCUGUCCCCUAACGUAUAUCAUGUCACACUCUUGUUGGAUGUAUGUUACAGAUGUGUGUCCUGUUUUUUGGGUGUGCUUGAAAUGUGGUAAUAUACCUGAGUGAAGGAACUGCAUCCCUUGGUAUGCACUGUUCAGUUGUCUAAUCGCUGUCAUGAUCAUGUGAUUCCAUGGCAUGCUCUCUAGAGAUGUGGCCCAGUGGUCUGCAUCACAUGACCAGUGUCAUGUGCUACAACAGUUCUGAAAUAUGGCUAAUAUCUGUACAGCAACGCAUUGACACUGAACUGUUCAAGUAUGAUUAGUUUUCUUUCAAAUGUGGAAAUAAAAUGUUUAUCUACAAA